AUGACUUCAACUCUUCCUCCAAACGGCCGUCUCGUCAACAUCGGCACCCACUCUCUAGCACUCUACGCCCAUGGACCGGAGCCCAGAAGCCCCACAGACCCCGUCGUGCUCUUCGUUUCCGGCGUGGCCAGCGACGCCCUCAACUGGCAAGCCGUAGUGCGGCUUCUCGGCCCCUCUCAGUUGCGGAGCUACACGUAUGACCGUUCCGGCUACCGGAACUCAGACCCCUCGCCCUCCCCCCCGACGGCCGAGAACAUCGCCUUAGAGCUCGCUCUCCUGCUCGAACACGCGCCCAUUCCGAACCCGCUGAUUCUCGCGGGGCACUCCUGGGCGGGCGUGCUCACGCACGAGUACUUUGCUCUCAAGGGGACCAGUCAGGUCGCAGGCCUUGUGCUUGUGGACGCGAACCACGAGACGGCGCCGCUUGUGCUGAACGUCAAUGAUCCCGUCCUUUGGACCGUCGCCGCGGGGGUCAAUGUAUACGCCGCCUGGGGGCUGGCGGCGUCGCAUAAGCUCACGCAAGAGGAGUGGGACGCCUUUAUCGCGGCGGAGGCCACCAAGAAGCACAAGCUGAUUGCGCAGCGGGAGAAUUCCGAGGGGUACGCGCCGAGUUUUGAGACGCUCAGAAGGAAGGGCUUGGAGACCAGACAGCCGCUUCUCGGUGACAAGCCGGUGUAUGUGAUUGCGGGUACGCGGAGCCGGGAUUGGAGCGGGUUAUACGCGGCGGGCGUCGCGAGGGGGAACGGGACGGAGGAGGAGAGGAGGCAUGUCAGGGCGAUUAUUGAGACUGUUGAUGCGAAGAGUGAGGGGCUCAUGAGAGAGUUUUUGAAGCUCUCUAGGAGGAGUGAGAUUAUAUUUGCGAGAGAGAGUGGGCAUUUUGUGCAGAUGACGCAGCCGGAGGUCGUUGUUCGCGGGGUGAGGUGGGUGCUGGAUAAUCAACCGGCGUCGUCUGAGUAG